AACCCACCUUCCAUCGUGACAUAUUGACUUCCCAUCGAAAACAAUGUACCUCGAAGAUCGAACUGUUCGAUUGCAGCUAUGGGAUACUGCAGGACAGGAAAGAUUCAGGAGUCUUAUUCCAAGUUACAUUAGGGAUUCCUCCAUUGCUGUUAUCGUCUACGAUGUUGCAAGCAGGCAGUCCUUCACAAAUACUUCAAAGUGGAUUGAAGAGGUGCGGACUGAGUGGGGUAGUGAUGUAAUCAUUGUGCUUGUUGGGAACAAAACCGAUCUUGUGGACAAAAGGCAAGUCUUAAUAGAGGAAGCAGAAGCCAAGGCUCUUGAGCCCAAUGUUAUGUUUAUUGAAACUAGCGCCAUGGCUGGCUUCAAUAUCAAGGCUAUAUUUCAAAAGAUUGCAGCUGCUUUGCCUGGAAUGGAAACACUUCAUUCAACAAAGCAAGAAGCCAUGGUUGAUGUAAAUCUUAAGUCUACCGAUGCAAAUGCAUCUCAGUCACCGCAACAGUCUGUAGGAUGCAUCUCAAUCUUAAGUUUUCGAUGGUGA